GCUUGACACAGCCAGCAGCAGCAGCAGCGAGCAGCGAGCAGCGAGCGCGUCUUUGGUCCGCACAAGAAGGCUUGUAGCAAACUCCCACAUUUGCAGAGCAGCAGCAGCAUCAGAAGCAGCUUGGUUCGCUUUACCUGUUCGGAAAAUCUUCCAAUAGUCGAGGAAACACGGGAAACCACACGCAUUUGUUGAAAAAGUGCACGGAAUUGUGUGUGUGUAGAGUGUGUGUUUUGUGUGUAGUUAGUGCUUUAUAGCGAACGAGAGCGUACCCCAAGUGUUGCAAGUGCCAAGUGUGACGAUCACCAAGCAAGAAGUGUGCUCCUCCCCCCCCGCGUCUUUCACGAACUCUUCCGGUAGCAUCCAGAGCGUUAGUUGAAGCGCCUAAACCCAGCAAGCACAAACCUCUAAGCGACUCAAAGCGAAGAUGGCCACCGAAACCGAGAACAAGCCCGUCGUUGCCGGCGAGGAGGAGAAGAAGGUAGAGGCCCCAGCUGUGGAGGCGGCGGCAGCAGCAGCACCGGCCGCAGCAGAUAAGCCAGCGGAGGCUGCGGCGGCGGCGGCAGCGGGCGGCGGUGACACGGCCGCCGAUAAGAAGCCGGAGGAGAAGGCCGACGCUGCGCCGGCCGCCGGCGGCGAGGGUGGCGACGGAGCGACCAGCUCCGAUGCGGCGGCCGCCCCGGCCAAGAAGGAGAAGGAGAUGAAGCCGACCGUCCACAAGGCGAACUUCGAGAAGGACGUGGUGUACCUGUACCAGUUCACCCGCACGCCGAUGCUGCCGUCGAUUUCGCCCUUCUGCCUGAAGGUGGAGACCUGGCUGCGCCUCGCCGGGCUGAAGUAUGAGAACAUCGACCAUAAGCUGAAGCUGCGCUCGAAGAAGGGACAGCUGCCGUUCGUCGAGGUCAAUGGGGAGGAGAUUGCCGACUCGACCAUCAUCAUGCAGGAGCUGGCGACGCGCUACGACAAGGACCUGGACGCCGCCCUGACCCAGGAGCAGCGCAACAUUGCCCACGCGAUGAUUUCGAUGCUGGAGAACCAUCUCGUCUGGGUGGUGCUGUCCUGGCGCAGCAAGAACACGGAACAGAUGCUCAAGGGCUACAAGAUCAACCUGCAGCACGCGCUCGGCAGCCGUCUGCCGAAUGCGCUGCUGAACUUCUUCUUCAAAUUCCAGUUCAGCCGCAAGUGUUUCCAGGGUGCUAAAAAGGUGAAAGCUCAGGGCCUGGGCGUCCACAAGCCGGAGGAAAUCGAGGAGUUCGGUCGCAAGGAUCUGAAGGUGCUGUCCGAGCUGCUGGCCGAUAAGCCAUUCUUCUUCGGUGAUGAACCCACCACGCUCGACUGUGUUGCAUUCUCCGUGUUGGCCCAAAUUCACUUCAUUCUGGACGAGGUUAAGUACGGUCUGAAGGAGUUCAUGCAGGAGAACUGCCCGAACCUGGUGGGACACGUUUCGCGGAUCAAGGAGCGCUGCUUCCCCGACUGGGAGGACAUCUGCACCAAGCUGGAUCUGAACGCGCACAUCCCGAAACCAGAGCCGGAAACCAAGGAAAACAAGGAAGGUGCUGACACGGAAAAGACCGCCGAACAGGACAAGAACGAGUCGGAAAAGGAGCUCGAGAAGGACAACUCGAACGAGAAGUCCGAAAAGAAGGAGGAACCCGAGAAGGUGGUGGAGGAGAAUAAAGAGAAAGAGGAGGCAGCCGCCAAAUAAGGUGGUUAGGGAGCGGUGAAAGCUAGAGAGCGGCCACAUUAAAUAAUGCACAGCAGCAAACAACAGCAACAGCAGCAGCAGCAACAAGAAGCGAGGAAGCACUAUUGCUUUUUUACAACUAUUCUACUGAAACAAGCCGUCAGCUAAAUUAAGAAAUAUAUAUAUAUAGUGUGACGUGCUCCCGUAACAAAAAAAAACAGCAACAAAACAUCCACCAACUUCUCCUAAUCGAAAAAAAAGAAAAGAAAAAUCUCACCGGAGAAGUCGAUACAAUUCCACCUACUCUUUAUGCAAGGAUAUAUUAUUUUGUAGAAACAACAAAACAAAACAAAACAAAAAAACUCUAGAAAGGAAAUUCUUACGAUGGAAGUACACGUACGUGUGCAACCGGCAACCACUAAUCGUAUAGUGGCGAGUGUGAAGGCGGGGGGCUGCGAGUGUUGUGCUGCGGUUAGUUUUGUAACGCGCGCGCAGCAGGAAGAAAAAGCAAAUGGGGAGGGAAAGGGAAUGUUUUGUUUUUCCUUUCGAUUGUUUAUUCGAUAUUAUUUGUGUUUUUCGUCCCUUUUUUAUACAUAUAUAAAAAAGCUAUGAAAGAAACCGCAGAAGCAGAAGGAGGAAACGAUUGUUUUUUGCGUUUAUGAAUAUAGAGUUUUUCCUUCCCUUGUUCUUUUCCUUUCUCCGUUCCAUCGCAUGCGUAUCAAUUUCCACAUUAAUCUUAUAUCCCUUUUCGGUUUCGCCAGCGGCAUAAAGAGAGAAAUGGAAAAAGGGUGAAAUUUAAUUGAUUAUUAUAAUAGAAGAAGAACACAAAAACAAACAGAUCAAACUCAGAAAAUCAGAAGGAAAUGGAUACGAAAGAAGAACAAGAAGAAGACCAAAAGAGGAAAGAACAAACGAAAGGAAAGGAAGCGAAUGUGCCAGCAUGAUGAUGAUAGCCACAGAGAGAAAGGAUAGUAAAACACACAUGCAAGUAGGAAGGUGAAAUAAGAUAAAGAAGAGAUGCGACGGAGUAGGCAAAAAAAUAGAAAGAAGAAGAGGUUUGGAAAAAAAGGAAGAGACACCACACCAGAAGCGAAGUAAAGCGAAUGGGAGGAAGCAGCAGCAGCAGCAGUAACAGUUUGCGAAAUUGGAAAACCCGUAAACGGAAAUGGCCACUGCCGAGUAGUGUUUUGCGUUUCGCGCGAAGGUUGUCUCCUUCCCGCGCAAAAAAAAAAUAUAUAGAAAUUAAUCGUAUUAAGUAAAACGAAAAUUAAAGAAAAACAAAAAAACAAACACACGCUAAAGUGAAGUGAAGAAGAGAGAGAGGGAGAGAGAGUAAGAGUGCAAGAGAUGGAAAUGGAUUGUGUGUGUUUGUGUUAGUAGCUCAGUUGCAUAAAGCAAACGGCAGCAAACACAUCGAAAGUUCUCAAAAAAAAAAACAGCGUUGUUGUGAAAAGCGCAGGAAAGCGGAACGACGGAACGGCGUGCAAGCAACACACAGGAAUAGAUAUGCAUACAAUACUCAAAAACUUUUCAUUUGUGUAAAGAUUUUUUGCAGGCGAUAACAUAAGUGUAGAACUCAAAGGAAGAGCAAAAUACGUAGGUAAUGAAAAAGGACAAACACAGUAACAAACAAAAAAAAAGUCAAAUAAACCUUUCGUCUGUUCAGUAUUUUCGCUGAACAGAAAACGACGAAUGCGACACACGACUCGACGACGAACCCACUCCGGCAGGAGUAUGAUGCGAUAUGAAGAAUCUCGUUUGGUGAUGAUGAUGUUUGCGAGGUGUGUGGUUUGUGUGGUGUGAUUGCCGCUGUUUUGUUCGAACGGAGUUAGUUGAGAAUGAGAGUCGAGCAAAAAGAGAAGGGAAUAUGGAGCGGUAGUGGAGUUGGCUAGCUAGAAACGUGUUUCUACUAUUUGAAUUUUUUUUUUCUCCCCGCGUUUUGGCGCUUUUUAUUUUCCCGCCCUCGAAUGCAGGGGUUGUGGUUGGCUUCGUAUGCUUUCUGCAUGGUUAGAGUUUUUUUCAAUUCGAAAUAACUUUUUCCGGUCCUUACCUUUAAUGCAUCCGCCCUUCUCAUGCGCUUCACCAUUCUCUCCACUCUCUCUCUCACGCGAGCUUUUAGUGUGUAUAACGAGACGCGGAUAUUUAGGGAGAAUGCAGGUACACGAAAAUUAUGUUCCGCGAGCGAGCGAUAUUAGUAAUUUGUAGAAUUGCUCCUUGAUUUUUUUUUAUAUAUAUUUUCUUAUAUAUUUUAUAUUUAUAGAAAUAUUUUUAUUGCAACACACGCACACGCAAACAUUCACACACACAAAACCACAUCAAAAAACGUAAAGGUAAUGUAUAAUAAAAGCGCAAAACUAUUGCCGUUUUCCGAACCUCCCCGUGCGUUUGUCGGACGGUAAUAGUGUAUGACGUACGCAAGUCUGA